GGCACAGAGACCAGGACUUUAAGAUCCAGAUCAAGCUCUCGUCCGGACAUCAGACUUGACUGCGGAAGUACUUCAACUUGGACAUCAUAGGACACAGAUUUAACCAUGAUCAGGACUUUCCUCCUUCUGCUUCUGCUUGUCGGAAGCAACAGUCGCGUUUUAAACAAACGUGAAUCAGGUGAGUCAGAAGAGGGGUCUGGUGAUGAAGCAAGCCGCCCAAGGCAUAACACCGCCUCAACGGAGACGACCAUAUACACCACCACCCCAGGGACGACCUCAUACACCCACGACGCAGAGACGACCCCAUACACCUCCACCAUAGAGACGACCACAGAGACGACCACAGACACCACGCUCUUUUACAGCCAUCCAUACACCCACACCUCAGACACGACCCAAUACACCCACACCUCAGAGACGACCCAAUACACCCACACCUCAGGGACGACCACAUACACCACGACCCCAUACACCUCCACCCCAGAGACGACCACCACCAAAGUGAAGCCCCACUACCACCAUCACCACCAUUACUACUACUACCACCACCACCCCUCUCACAACUCCAGUGCACACCACCACCACCACCACCACUACCACCCCUUCCGCAACUCCAGUGCACACCACCACCACCACCACCAUCACCACCACCACCACCACCAUCGUAGAUAG